AUGCCCGCUCGAGAUUCAUCCGCCAUCACCCACGGACGUACGUUACUCAGUAGGGUGUACAGCGAGAACCAAGAUCGGGCCGCCCACUUUGCCCACUUCUCGGCGGAGGGCGACGCCCCCGCCACGGGUGGCGAGGCCCAUGUAGGAGGCACGGACGCCCGCCACCUGGGCCCCUGGAACAGCGCGGUGGAGCUGGCAGAGGCCCGGGGCGCGGCCCUGGAGCGGAGACAGGAGAAGCUCAGGGAGGCUGCAGGCGCGGCGGCCGCCGAGGAGGACUGGCGGCCGGCCCGCGACCCGAGCCUGGGGCCCAGGUGCGAUGGGGCCGUGCCGUUACUUUCCGACCUGGCCUUGGACCAAGUGGUGAGCAAUAUCGAGGACGUGGAGACGCUGGCGGGGCUGCCCUACAUCCUCAAGGUCAGGGCUCAGGGUGCUGUGGAGGAGACCAGGAUAGCGCGGCAGGUGUGCGCGCGACGUGCCAUGUCAGCGCACGCAGUGGAGCUGCUCACCGGCGACCAGCCGGACGAGCUGGUCGUCGCCGACUGCACGCUGCUGGAGCCAGUGCAACUUGAGGCGGCGCUGCUGCGCGUCGCCGGGCCCCGGCUGGAGGUGGUCGACCUGGGCCUGCUGGCAGGCGCAUACCGCCUGGGGGACGAGGGCCUGCUGGCGCUGCUGCGGGCCUGCCCCGCGCUGCGCACGCUGGGCCUGCCGGAGAGCUCGCGCCUCACCGGCCAGGCCCUGGAGCGCUGGGCGGAGGAGGGCCCCGGCCUGGAGGAGCUGGACAUUGCCGAGGACCGCGGCAUGGACGGGCGACUCCUGGCGAGGACCCUGCCGCGGCUGGUGGUGCUGAGCGGCUGCGACAUCCCCGUGGCCGAGCUGCUGGGCGAGGCCGGGGUGCUCCCCACGCUGCGCGCGCUGGGCCUGGAGCGUUGCGCGGGCGUGUCUGACGCCGCGCUCGCCUCCCUGGCGGCCGCCCACCCGGGCCUCGAGUCUCUGGACCUGGGCGACUGCGCGGCGCUGACCGACGCGGGCGUGGCGGCGCUGGCGCAGCACUGCCGCGUGCUGCGCGUGCUGAGCCUGCGCCGCUGCCAGCGCGUGGGCGAGGAGGGGCUGGAGGCGGUGGCCGCGCUGGGCACGCUGCGCACGCUGGGCCUGCGCGACGGCAGCCUGGGCCGGCUGGUGGAGGCCUGCCCCGGCCUGCGCCGGCUGGAGGUGUGGGGCUGCAGCCAGCUGACCCCAGCCUUCCUGCACGGGCAUGGCGGCCACGACCUGGAGCUGGUGGGCAGGGGGGAGGCCCUGCGCCCCGUACUGACCAUUUGA